AUGUCAAACACAACUUUUCCUUUUACUGUAACAGAACAUAUCAUCGAUGGACAGUAUAUCCGCGAAUACCCUCGAGCAACCGUCUCACAAUCAGCUUGUUUGAAGUUGGCCGUGAAGAAAUAUGUUCCUGUUGAUUCAAAUUCUCAGGGCGUGACUAUCAUUGCCGCGCCUGGUGGCGGCUUUCCUAAGGUAGGAGAUAUUCUCAUCCAAGUUCAUAUCGUGGGGUUACUGACCAAUUCCCAGGAGCUAUAUGAACCAUUAUGGGAAGAUCUCCUAGUGCAAUGUAGGAAACGCGGAAUACAAGUUGGUUCUAUCUGGACUGCAGAUGCUUCGAAUCUUGGGGCUAGCGGUGUAGUGAACGAGGAGCUACUCGGAAACGAUCAAUCUUGGCUAGAUCACAGUCGGGAUCUCCUAUACAUGGUCAAUCAAUUUCGCGAUGAAAUGCCGCAGCCCAUCAUUGGCGUGGGUCAUAGUAUGGGCGCGGGGCAAAUUACCCUCCUAUCUGUCAUGCACCCUCGCCUUUUCACCUCUUUGGUGUUAAUAGAACCGGUGAUUACGCCAAACACAUUCGUUGGGUAUGGACCGUUACUCUCAAAGAUGUCACUCAAGCGUCGGGAUAUAUGGCCAUCCAAGUCUGUAGCCCUCAAAGCGGCACGAAGGUCACACAAAACAUGGGACGAUCGAGUUUUUGAGCGCUGGGCCCAACAUGGAUAUCGCAGUCUCCCAACUGCUCUCUAUCCGGAUUCGAACAGCGGCACGGGUAUCGACGAUCCUGUCACACUGACUAGCACCAAGCACCAAGAAGUGAUGCAGUAUAUUAGGCCAAACUUUGAUGGUCACAAGCCUAUUGGGCAAGAGGAUUCUACUACGCCCGCUUAUGACCCCCUGUUCCAACCCGAUCUGAUUGGCACACCCCUCAGAACAUCGCCUUUCUACCGCAGUGAGCCUGUUCUCGCGUGGAAAAUGAUUGAUCACGUUCGACCUUCUGUUCUUUAUAUUUAUGGCGAGAGUAGUCCGAUAUCAAAGCCUGAGAUUUGUGCCGAACUCCUUCAGCGAACCGGUGCAGGUAUCGGAGGGAGUGGUGGCUCGAUAAGGGGACAGGUAGAAGAGAAGUACAUCAAGGGCUCUGGGCACCAGGUACCGCUUGAAAAGGUAGCCGAGACAGCAUCGGCUAUGAGAACCUGGAUUGCAUCUGCAGUACAGAGAUGGCGCAAAGAUGAGGUGCGAAUCGCGAAGGACUGGGCAGAUCUGCCCAGGAAGGACCAAUUGAGCGUUUCAGCUGAAUGGACGCCUCAAUUGGAAAUUGCUUGCAAGGUGUAUGAACACAAGUCAAAACUCUGA